UCUGCACAGGGCCCUGCUGGUGCUCGCCGGGAUAUCCCUACUACUGCAAGCUUUGCCGAAGAGCCCGAAGGGAGUCCAUGGUGCCCACAUUUCUCUCAGAGUUUGGAGUCAGGGAUGCAGCUUCGCCAUGGGUCUCAUGCAAUUUUACCAGGAGAUUGAUCCAGUCACUCUAAACCUCAUCAUCCUCAUCGCCAGCUACGUCAUCUUGCUUCUGGUCUUUCUCAUCUCUUGCAUCCUGUAUGACUGCCGUGGCAAAGACCCUUCCAAGGAGUAUGUUUCCGAGCCUCCUGCCCCCCAGCAGCAGUCUCCCAUUCGGCUCGUGGUGAUGCAAAACUCCCCGGCCUCGUCGCGUUUUAAUGAGCAGAACAACACAGCUGCCUCCAGCUUCGCACCUCUGACCCCUGACAUGCGCGAGAAGAAGAGCACGCUGGUCUGACACAUCCAUUCUGCUGAUGGGUGCCCUUCUCUCGUUUUUCCCUUUCGGACACAUAUUCAAUCUUCUUGAAGUUAAUAAAUGUACAAAUUUGAACCUAAUAUGAGCUGAAACAGAGCAUCCAUGUGCAGUCAUUAGUUUAUUGUGGACAAUUUCAUUAUGGAAAUGGAGUUAUUUUAUCCUCUGGACACUGGAUGGAGGCCAGUAGAAGACACAAGUGUGUACCUGAACAGAGCUAAUGUCUGCACACUUGUACAGUUAUAAAGUACUUAUAUAGGUUUGUCAAAGGCAUGAAUGUAGCCCAAGUAGUGUACAACACUAUGUACAUAAAUUAUACAUUUUGAGUUUUUGAAUGUGUGUGUUUUUGUGUAAACAUAUAGGAAUAUUGUAAAGAAUACAUUUACAAUAAUGAAACCACUUGGAUAAAUGCAACUGUUAACAAUGUAAUCAGAUGUAAAACAUCUAUAUUUAUGUAUUGCAUUUUUGCUUUUUUCCAAAGCAGCUUACGUUGCAUUCUGUGUAUAUAUUUUGCAAGUAGGCUUUAUGUGUUCCCCAGGAAUCAAACCCAUGACACUGGCGUUGCUAGCACUAUGCUGUUGAGCAGUUGAGCUAUAUACAUCCUCUAAAAUGCAAUAUUUAUGAAGUAUAACAACAGAUGGUAUUUUAUUGAAAAAUAAUUGUGCUACAGUAAAUGAGUUAAGAUUACAUCUCACUAAUGUAAUAUUCAGAGAACUGUAUUCUCAACUGAAAACAAAUCUGAAUAAAAGCAAAAUAUAUAUAUUUUUUUAA